GCUAUAAGAUAAACAUAUCACGAUUCACGAGUGGUAAUACAUAGACCAUGUGUUUCAUAUAAAUAGCAGUGCUAGACGAAACUUGAGUCAGUGUGGAACCAUAAGUGCAAGCAACAUGAAUUACGAUUUCUCAUAUAAAGUAGUGCUAGUAACUGGCGCGAGUGCCGGUAUAGGCGAGGCUAUAGCUCUCCUGUUCGCUAAACUUGGCGCGAAGCUGUCGCUGGUGGGAAGGAAUGAGGCUAACUUACGAGCAGUCGCGGCCGAGUGCGAGAAGCAGAAGGGCGUGAAGCCACUGGCGAUGGUCGCGGACCUGGGGACUGAUGAGGGGGUCCAGAAGACUGCCAAAGAUACCCUCAAACAUUUCGGACGACUAGACGUCCUCGUGAACAACGCAGCCAUUGGUGUCUCGACAUGGCUUCUGCACGAAACUGACAUGAAGGUAUUCGACGAUGUGUUCAGGAUCAACGUGAGGGGAGUGUACUACCUCACCAAGCUCCUGGCCCCCGCCCUCGUCGAGAGCAAGGGCAAUAUUGUCAACAUCUCCAGUGUUGCUGCGACCAUGGUCUCCGUCGGCAGUCUGCCUUACGGCAUGAGCAAGGCUGCUCUGGACCACUUCACCAGGCUAACAUCCCUCGAGCUGGCUCCUAAGGGCGUCAGAGUCAACACAAUCAGUCCUGGAGUUACUGAAUCGGAAUUCGUAAAACGUAUGACCGGAUUCAGUGACAAGCAGUACAAAGAAUGGUUGGCAACACUAAGCAAGAAGAUCCCCAUGGGGGAGCCAUGUUUAGGAGGAGACAUAGCUCGUACGGUCGUGCACAUCGCCAGUGACUACAGCAGGCUGGUCACUGGGACCGUCGUGGAAAUAGACGGCGGCUACAGGUUCAACGGAUCAAGACAAACUCCACUGUUUGACAAAUAAACAGUGAUUUCAGAAAUAUUUUCGUGUAACAAAAUACUAAUUUAAGAUUAAGUGAACAAUUGUGAUAACGUUAUAUUUAUUUACAUAUUAAAAGCCUUUUAUUAAGUAAU